AUGAUUGUCAUCCAUGCCCCACAACAACCUAGAGGAGCCAGAAAAAAUUUUAAAGCACCAGACACUUUUAAGGAGCCAGAUUCCCAAAUUUUAAGGCCCCCUUUACUAUUUUAUAAGGAGCCAGAAUCUGAAUAUAAGCCACCUGCGACACUUUAUAAAGAACCAGAUUCCACAUAUAAGGCACCUUCUACUACUUAUAAGGAGCCAGAAUCUACAUAUAAGGCACCUUCGACACUUUAUAAAGAACCAGAUUCCACAUAUAAGGCACCUUCUACUAGUUAUAAGGAGCCAGAAUCUACAUAUAAGGCACCGUCGACAAUUUAUAAGGAGCCAGAAUCUACAUAUAAGGCACCUUCAACUACUUACAAGGAGCCAGACUCUACAUAUAAGGCACCUUCAACAACUUAUAAGGAGCCAGAGUCUGAAUAUAAGGCACCUGCGACUACUUAUAAGGAGCCAGAAUCUACAUAUAAGGCACCUGCAACUACUUACAAGGAGCCAGACUCUACAUAUAAGGCACCUUCGACAACUUAUAAGGAGCCAGAGUCUGAAUAUAAGGCACCAUCGACAAUUUAUAAGGAGCCAGAAUCUACAUAUAAAGCACCUUCAACUACUUAUAAGGAGCCAGACUCUACAUAUAAGGCACCUUCGACAACUUAUAAAGAGCCAGAAUCCGAAUAUAAGGCACCUGCGACUACUUACAAGGAGCCACAGGGGUACAGCUACAAUCCCCCUGCUGUUUCUGGUAGUCUUGGGGGCUACCAGCCCUCGGUUUCAGACUACAGUUCAGUACAGAAGACUUAUGGUGUAAGUGAGCCGGUACCAGUGUAUGGCCCUCCCACACUACCACAUAGGGUGCUGGACCCGUACUCACAGCUGGACUACUACGACGACUCUUUCCUCCUGCCUCGUCGUCGCCCCUUCAGGAGGAGGAGACCUGGCUUCAGAAGAUUCAGGGGAAGGUAUUACAGACAAACUUCAGAGUGAUGGCAACUCACCUGAGAAUAUAUAUAUAUAUAUAUA